GAGACACACUGCCUGCCCUUCGCCACAGAGCAGAGGCAGAACGAGUCCCCGCAGCAUUGAACGUAGUCGAGGUAUUGAGACUGUCACCGUUAUCUCUUAAUUACCAACAAUUUUAUGACGGAAACUUUGCAGAAAGAUAAUCGAGCUCGACAAUCUUUUGCAGGGUUACAUUUGGGAAAUCCUUACAAAAGGAGAGAAAAAAAACUUUUUUACUAAUAGUUUUUUUGUGGCAUCAACAAAGAGGAGCUUUCCAAAACAUCCACGGCGAAAACAUUAAUACUCUCAACUGGCGAAAUUUAGAGUAAAAAAAAGGCUAUUUUUGAGAUCAUUUUUGAGUCAUCGCGCCACAGCCCUAACGGAAGAGGUAACCGGGGGCGGAGGCGACGCUCAAUUGCAUGGCUUAUUGGCGUGAACGACAUCUCUUGCAAAACGACGCCAAUUAAUAUUAGAGGUACUAGAAAAACUGGAGGAUCGUUGUUACUUAAGUAGCACCAAGUUAAUCGACAGUGACUUGAGAUUCCAGCAAAGAAAUUGGGCUUGUUCUCAAAAUCGAGGAGGCGGAGUCUUAACUUAUUAAAAGGAACUUGCCGAGGCUUGGACACCAGCAAAUAUGAUGAUGAUGUCUCUCAACAGCAAGCAGGCAUUCGCCAUGGCCCACUCCAGCUUGCCCGAACACAAAUAUUCUUUGCAUUCCUCCUCAUCCUCCACCAUGACUUCGAAUGCGCCCUCGUCCUGCUCGUCCUCCAGACACAGUAACACCAUCAUCAGCAGCAGCGGCUCCAACUCGGAGGCGAUGCGCCGAGCAUGUCUCCCAACCCCACCGAGCAAUAUAUUCGGAGGCUUGGAUGAGAGUUUGUUGGCCCGUGCUGAAGCUCUGGCGGCGGUGGAUAUAGCCUCGCAGAACAAGAGCCACCACCACCCUCCACAUCACAGUCCCUUCAAGCCGGACGCGACCUACCACACCAUGAACACUCACCCCUGCACCUCCUCUUCGUCCUCCGCGUCUUCGGUGCCUAUUUCUCACCCAUCCGCCCUGUCUGGCCACCACCACCACCACCACCAUCACCACCACCACCAGCCACACCAGGGGCUAGAGGGGGACCUACUGGACCACAUCACCCCAGGACUGGCACUCGGGGCCAUGGCAGGACCGGAUGGUUCGGUCGGUACACCUGCGCAUCCUGCACACAUGGCGGGCAUGAACCACAUGCACCAGGCAGCCAUCAACAUGGCUCAUGCCCAUGGGCUACAAUCACACAUGGGCUGCAUGAGCGACGUGGACGCCGAUCCAAGGGACUUGGAAGCCUUCGCGGAGAGGUUUAAGCAGAGACGGAUCAAACUUGGUGUAACCCAGGCGGAUGUAGGGUCAGCCUUGGCGAACCUGAAGAUUCCCGGCGUGGGUUCUCUUAGCCAAAGCACCAUCUGCCGAUUCGAGUCCCUCACUCUCUCUCACAACAACAUGAUAGCUUUGAAGCCCAUUCUACAAGCGUGGCUGGAAGAAGCCGAGAAAUCACACAGGGAGAAACUGAACAAACCAGAGCUCUUCAAUGGCGCAGAGAAAAAGAGAAAGCGUACGUCGAUAGCUGCACCGGAAAAGAGAUCCCUGGAAGCCUACUUCGCCAUUCAGCCGCGUCCCUCCUCAGAGAAAAUUGCUGCUAUAGCAGAAAAACUGGACCUCAAAAAGAACGUGGUGCGGGUCUGGUUUUGCAACCAACGACAGAAACAAAAACGAAUGAAAUACUCUGCAUGCGUCUAGCUCGACCAUUCGCUCUAAAAACACCGUCAACAAAUGUUGAGAGACUGAAAACUGUACAGAGACGAUUUGUAACAUAUUUCUUAUCACACAAUUUUUCAAUCAUCAAUGACUUGUGCUUUGAACUCGAAUAAUUCAUAACAUUCAAAAUGACUGAAUACUCUAACCACUGUCAAGUCUGGCGGAAGGGGAUGUGGAAUCAAGCAAAGGAGCGUUUGACAGAGCAAGUAAGACCACUGGUUUUCCACACUUACUACUUCACCUUUUUAUGUCAAUGAAGUAGGCUACGACUCAUAGGCUUUAAUCACACGUAUUUAUGUUCAAUUUCGGUUAAUUUAAAGACUAUUAGCCUAUUUAAGAGUGAAAAAUAUUGAAAACAUUUAAUAAUUAUUGACCAUGGAAACAUUUUUCAACUGGAAGCACUUGGUUGGUGCCUGUUGGUGUUCAUAUAUUUUUCAUACAUUUUCCCUCUGAUUUGACAAUGCAGUUUGGCAUUUGUUCAGGGUCCACGAGGGGGUAAUAUGGCAACACAGUAGUCACUGCUUGGUAUUGAAAGCUAUUAUUAGAUUACUGCCAAACUACCCCGUGUAAAUUAUUAAUUUAGCUGUCACUUUGUUGUUUGUCCCGUGUAAUUAAUUAAACCUAUUGGAUUUUAGGUGUGUUGAAGAAACAGGCAAGGGUGGGCCUAGGAUAGCCUAGGCUACUUGUUACUAAUAGACUGAAUUAAGGUUGAAACCACUGGUCAUGAAAUGUAGCCGGUUUCUGGGCGUUUUGUACUGUAGGCCUAUUUCAGAAACAUCUCUGUAGAUAAAGAAAAAAUGAAUCAAAUGUAUGGAUUUGAUGGGAUUUACGAUUGCCAAAUAUAAUUUAUACCGGUUGCAAUACAACUUUGCAAUCCAACGUGGGUCGCUGUCUUAUGAACUAUUUAUUAAGUGAGGUCAUGUUUACUUCAUUACAUAUUUAUCGGGAUUCCCCCCUCCUCGUUUUGCUGGAGAAAAUCAAAUUCUGACAGCAAGUAAAACAUGAUGUUGCCAGAAAGCAGAAUUGUCAAGAAAUUUCUUUCAAAUUCCUUUAAAUUUUUGAGAUGGUACAAUCGAGAGAUAUAUGAGAUAGUAUGCUCUUUUACAAUUAUUUUUAUGUAUGUUUUCUGGUAUUUAUUUGUAUAAAUAUACGCGCAUCAUUAUGAAGUCGUUGCUUGUUAAAAUCACCUUGUUUAGUAAUGUUUUCUUAAAGAGAAAGUAAUCGUUUCAUGGAAGUAUGUGUACAAUGUAAAUAUUUCAUUGGAACCAGUCGAUGCACAUAAAUAUAUCCGUACAGGUUUUGCUGUAUUGCUGUUUUAGCGGAGUUUUUUUCUUUAUGUAAUGUCUGUUGCUUUUGGUUCCUGGUUGAAUGAUACUAUUAAUUUAUGACAUUCAUGUAUAUUUAAGUUAUUUGAUUAUUGAAUUGCAAUAUGUGUUUCAUUAAAGAACAAAUUUUA